ACGACUUUUGACGACUCUUCACGACACGGUCAUGUCCACAAUAAAAUCUGUUUCUUCUCUAACCUCAGUGCUCAAGAAGCCGAAGAUAUCACGGAAGCAUCUCAGUCGCUACUCUUGGCUCCCUGACGUACUCAGGAUUGAAGGCAGUAUCGCUCUUCGCAUUGCAGGUCCAGUGUUAACGGUCACUGUUUUCGCGUCCGCUGUCGCAUAUGCCUGGUACGAGGGCCACAACGUCAAGCUUUCCAAUAACGUCUCUCCUCUACUUGCUGUUGUUGUUGGUCUAAUCCUGGUAUUCCGAAAUUCGACUUCUUACGACCGUUUCUACGAGGGACGGAAGGACUUUGGUCAACUCACUGCAGAGAUCAGGAAUUUGACUCGUUCCGUCUGGAUAAAUGUCGCAGUCCCGCCUGACUCCGGUAGUGCAACUGGCCAGAAAGGUAUUUCCGAAUUUCUGCACCCUCCAACUUUAAUUAACGAAGUCGCGAAAGGUUCUACAGGAGGUAAAAUGACGUCUAGUCAGCUCCGCAGGAAAAAAAUCGAGGCCCUCCAACUUGCCAUGGCUUUUGCAUAUGCAGUAAAGCAUCGGCUGCGAGGCGAAUUUGGAUUCGACUACGAUGAUUAUCGAGGUAUUCUCCCUCGCUCAAUAGUACAAUACGAAAUAAAUGGCAUCAGCACUGCUGCUUCGUCACCAGCCUCCGGUAACGGUCAUGAGUCAUAUCAGGCGACUGGGUCUUUAACUCCAAAGAUGAAGAAACGGCGGGAGAGUGAUUCGACCAAGUCCGAUGACGACGCUAGUCCUAAGGACACUAAGCCUAGUCCCAGCCGCAAUAACUCACAGCAAUCUCAUAUGCACUUCCAUUCAGCGAGUGUAACGCUUGAUAGCCAAAGUGCUACUACGCCGCUCUUGAGCGGUACUCACCGUACUGUGCAGUUCCACGCAUACCCCACCGUAUUAAAAACACCCUUGCCUCUUGUGAUCGCACAUGAACUAUCUCAUAUGAUAUUCCGUUUCAAACGAGAUGGAUACUUGGAAACUGUAGGGCCAGCCGGUACUAAUGCCAUGAACGCCCAGGUUCAGUCAAUGGUCGUGCAAAUGACAAACAUGGAGCGUAUCGCAACAACACCUAUUCCCGCGUCCUACGGCAUACAUCUCAAGCAAUGUGUCACACUCUAUCUAUUUGCACUACCAUUCGUUCUGGUGGCCGAUUUGCAAUGGAAAAUGAUACCCGUUGUUACUGUUGUCGCUUUCACACUCAUGGGUAUUGAAGGGAUUGCGAAUGAGAUUGAAAUGCCGUUUGGACAUGACAAAACUGACCUUCCGUUGGAUAACUUCUGUGCCGAAAUAAAGGAAGAAAUUGACUUCACUAUAGCAAGAUUGCCUGAGGGAGGAGAGGGCGUGGCGGGACUUGAUGACGGAGAGGGAGAUGAUUGAACAUAUGUUGGAGAG